AUGGAAGAAAUGUGUGGCAGUUACAUCCAGUGCAACAUCACUGCAAUCAGCCAUAAUCCUAUCUGUGGGGGGCGCCUCCUGAUCCUGGUGAUGUGGCUGAACCUCGUGCCUCAGACAGACAGCUGCCCUGCCAAGUGUGUGUGCUACAGUGAGCCCAAGCCCACCGUGGCCUGCCAACAACAAGGACUGUUCUACAUCCCCACUGAGAUCCCUGUGCGUAGCCAGCGGAUAUUCCUCCAGAGCAACAAGCUGACGGAGGUCCGAUCCACCAGCUUCAGCUCCUGCCAUAAUCUCACCGUCCUCUGGCUCUACUCUAAUAACAUAAGCUACAUCGACGCCGGGGCCUUUUACGGCUUGGAAAAACUGGAGGAGCUGGACAUUGGGGACAAUAGCAACCUCCGCACAAUCAGCACCACGGCGUUUCGAGGUCUGACCAAACUGCACACGCUUCACUUGCAUAGGUGUGGUUUGUCCGAGCUCCCCGUUGGAGUUUUCCGUGGAAUGUUUUCCCUACAAUACCUUUACCUGCAGGAUAACAACAUCCUCACGCUGCAUGAUGAUACCUUUCUGGACCUUGCCAAUCUUACGUACCUCUACCUUCACAAUAACAAGAUAAAGAUAGUCACAGAUAAUAUGUUCCGCGGGUUAAUUAAUCUAGAUCGACUGCUGCUACACCAGAAUCGUGUUAUUUAUGUUGAACCAAGGGCUUUUAGUGAUCUUGGUAAGCUGCAAACCCUCUAUUUGUUCUUCAACAACCUUACCGUCUUAACAGGAGAGACUAUGGAGCCACUUGUUUCGCUACAAUAUCUAAGACUUAACGGAAACCAGUGGAUUUGUGAUUGCCGUGCAAGGACCUUGUGGGAAUGGUUCAAGCGGUUCAAAGGCUCCAGCUCAGAAUUGGAAUGUUAUGUACCGGAAUAUUUGGCACAAGAGGACCUGAAAACUUUAAAGAGUGAAGACUUGGAGGGUUGUGUGAAGAAGUUUCAAAUCCAGACCGAUCUCUUCAGCACCAAAGUCCAGUCGGGAAAAUUCCCAAGCGAAAUUCCUAUUGGGGACACUAUUCCGAGGUGUUGUCUUGGAGAUAAUGACAAGUCCUCCAUCUUGUCUGGAAAAUCCCACCAUAAUAACCCAGUGAAGGAUAAGGGGAACAUGUCUAAACCGAAAGCAGGAGAGACGGAGCGAACAAAAAAUGAAUCCCAGCACAAACAAAAUGACGGACCACUGGGAACGUUGUCCAACACGCUGGAAAACUCCUCCAACCUCAACCCGGAGUUUAUAGACAAUCCAGAAUCCUCAACAGCAUCAAAUAAAAAGAAAAAGAAGUGUUUGAAAAAGCCCAAAUCAGACGCCCAGUGCAUCAAAGGCCAGGGAUCGUCUUUGAAAGUUCUGCGGUUUCUUCUCAUUCCUACCAUCUGGAUAUCUCUAGCCAUGUCUUAG